UUUCUCUUUAUUCAUUUUUUUAUUUUUACGAAAUGCCUUCUUAACAAAAGAGAUCACUUUUUUUUUUAAUUUUUAAUUUUUUUUGUUCGUUAAUGUCUCUCCCCACCAAACGCUCUGCGACCGCCACCAGCAGCUCCGCCACCAGCAGCAGCGCCACCUCCGCCGCAGCCAAUAUUUAUUCGCUUGCUCCAAUGAAGAAAGCUAAGUCACAAGCCCUAUCCGCUUGCUCUCCUCUCGACUCACCUUCCUCUAACAAAAAUGGUAUUCAUCACUUCACCAAUAAUAAUAAUUAUAAUAAUUCUCCAUCAUCCACUGAAAACGACGUCGUUUUUGACCCCUCGUCCAUGAAUCUCGAUGAAGAUCCUAGACACGACGACCACCGCGCCGCCGCUAAUCUGUCUCGCAAAAAGGCUACUCUUCCUCAACCUACUAAGAAGCUCGUCAUUAAGCUUCUUAAAGCUAAACCAACGCUGCCUACAAAUUUCGAGGAGGAUACAUGGGCGAAGCUGCAAUCAGCUAUUAAAGCUAUAUUCUUGAAACAACCAGAUUCUUGCGACUUGGAGAAGCUUUAUCAGGCCGUCAAUGAUCUUUGUCUGCACAAGAUGGGGGGAAAUCUCUAUCAGAGAAUUGAGAGAGAAUGUGAAGCACAUAUUUCUGCGGCCUUACAGUCUUUAGUUGGUCAAAGUCCAGAUUUGGUGGUUUUCUUAUCACUUGUUGAGAGAUGUUGGCAAGAUCUUUGUGAUCAGAUGCUGAUGAUUCGUGGUAUAGCCCUAUAUCUGGAUAGAACAUAUGUGAAACAAACCCCAAAUGUGCGUUCAUUAUGGGACAUGGGCUUGCAGCUUUUCCGUAAACAUCUUUCUUUGUCACCUGAAGUGGAGCACAAAACUGUCACAGGCCUCUUACGGAUGAUUGAAAGGGAAAGAUUAGGUGAAGCAGUUGAUAGAACUCUCCUUAACCAUCUUUUGAAGAUGUUUACUGCUUUAGGAAUUUAUGCAGAAAGCUUUGAAAGAGCUUUCCUGGAGUGCACCUCAGAAUUUUAUGCUGCCGAAGGCAUGAAAUAUAUGCAGCAAUCAGAUGUUCCAGAUUACUUGAAGCAUGUGGAGAUAAGGUUGCAUGAAGAGCAAGAAAGAUGCUUGCUUUACCUUGAUGCAAGUACUAGAAAGCCACUAAUAGCAACUGCAGAAAGGCAGCUCUUAGAACGCCAUAUAUCUGCGAUUCUGGAUAAGGGGUUUAUGAUGCUAAUGGACGGCCAUCGAAUUGAGGACCUUAAGAGGAUGUACUCAUUGUUCUCAAGGGUCAAUGCGCUGGAAUCAUUAAGGCAGGCCCUUAGCUCAUACAUUCGACGAAGCGGGCAAGCAACUGUCAUGGAUGAAGAAAAAGACAAAGACAUGGUUUUUUCCUUGUUACAGUUUAAGGCUUCCCUUGACACAAUAUGGGAAGAAAGCUUUUCUAAGAAUGAAGCAUUUUCCAACACCAUAAAGGAUGCAUUUGAGCAUCUAAUUAAUAUGCGUCAGAACCGACCAGCAGAGCUAAUAGCAAAGUUUCUCGAUGAGAAACUUCGUGCUGGAAAUAAGGGUACUUCUGAAGAGGAGUUGGAGGGCACGCUUGAUAAAGUUUUGGUUUUGUUUAGGUUUAUUCAGGGUAAAGAUGUGUUUGAAGCAUUUUACAAAAAGGAUCUUGCUAAAAGGCUACUGUUAGGAAAAAGUGCUUCAAUUGAUGCAGAGAAAUCUAUGAUAUCAAAGUUAAAGACAGAAUGUGGGAGCCAAUUCACCAACAAACUUGAAGGAAUGUUUAAGGAUAUUGAAUUGUCAAAAGAGAUAAAUGAGUCCUUCAAACAAUCAUCCCAGGCGAGGACAAAACUUCCGUCGGGUAUUGAGUUGAGUGUGCAUGUCCUAACAACAGGGUACUGGCCCACGUAUCCACCCAUGGAUGUAAGGCUUCCUCAUGAGCUGAAUGUAUAUCAGGAUAUUUUUAAAGAAUUCUACUUGAGCAAGUACAGUGGAAGACGCUUAAUGUGGCAAAAUUCAUUGGGUCACUGCGUGUUGAAAGCUGAAUUUCCAAAAGGUAAAAAGGAGCUGGCAGUUUCUCUAUUUCAGACUGUCGUUUUGAUGUUGUUUAAUGAUGCACAAAAGCUUAGCUUUCAAGAUAUCAAGGAUGCCACUGGCAUAGAGGAUAAGGAACUGAAACGAACUCUUCAGUCUCUUGCAUGCGGAAAAGUUCGUGUCCUUCAAAAGAUGCCAAAAGGAAGGGAUGUUGAGGAUGAUGAUUCCUUUGCGUUCAAUGAGGGAUUUACUGCACCGCUUUACAGGAUAAAGGUCAAUGCAAUUCAGAUGAAAGAAACGGUGGAAGAGAACACAAGCACUACCGAGAGAGUUUUUCAGGAUCGUCAAUACCAGGUCGAUGCUGCUAUUGUUCGAAUAAUGAAGACGAGGAAAGUCCUAAGCCACACACUUUUGAUUACCGAACUCUUCCAACAGCUCAAGUUUCCGAUCAAGCCAGCAGAUUUGAAGAAAAGAAUAGAGAGCCUAAUCGACCGGGAGUACUUAGAGCGGGACAAGAGUAACCCUCAGAUAUACAAUUACCUGGCAUAAUCCAACAGGGGAAAAAAGGUCUUGUUGUAAAUGGGAAACAUGUUACCUCUUUAAGAGGCAGUUCCGAGUUCCGAUUCGAUCGAUAUGUACAGUAAAGAGUUGUAGUUUUAUUUUUGCUGCAGUUCACACUGUAAUUGUAAAGCACACUUGGUCUCUCUCUCUCUUACUUCUUCCUCUUUCUGCUGUAGACAGGUAGUUGCUUCAAUAUGUGACUAUUUUAUGCGAAAUGUUGACAAAGAAAAGAUGGAGGGAAGUGAGAAAAGUUAGGGUUUGACAUGUUUACUUCAAGAGAAAUGGGCAAAUUCACAGAACUGAUUUAUGUCCUUUUCCCAUGAACGGUGUGGUUAAUGCUGAAAUGUGUUCAUUUAUAUCA